AUGUCUGAAGAACAGGGAUAUGAUAAGCAGAAAGAGAGCAUCACAAGACUCUCAAUCCCGAUAGCCAACACAGAAAAGCCGACUAUCACAUCAACAACGAGUGAAACGGUAACAACCGUAUCAAACGACGACGUCCUCGAUUGUGAAUUUGGUUGUUCACCUAGGUCUGAUCAGACCAUUCCCGCUAAGAUCGCCGAGAAAUCGAUCCAGAUGGCUCAAACCUUUGCUAUACCAUGUACUAUUCCUGAUGUGGCGCAGUACCCACACCUCCGUUUUGACGGUGAUGGCGUAUCCGACUGGAUCGAACAAGUCGCUCGUAUUUUCGACAGGGCUGGACUCAGUGAUGCUCAAAGAAUUGCCGAAAUCCAAUACUGGACCAAGGACAAGACGCACCAGAAAAGGGUGGAGGCUGCGAUCGAUCAACUUGACAGUUGGAGCGCCGGGGUAACGGCUCUGAAAAAUACCUUCGCAAUCAGAGACCCCAGACAACUCAGAAGCGCUUAUGAUAGCCUCAAAGAGCUCGAAAACCAGCCCCCGCGGUCAAACCCGUCGAAAAUCUACACGUACUGUCUUGAUCAUAAUAUCCGAGUUAGUGAGACGAAGGGUACUGCUCGAGUCCCAAGCGACCUUGACUGCACUCGAGGCUUGUUUGAGGGAAUCCACAGCCACAGCCUCGAGGACAUCUUAAGAAAAGCCAAAAUGACGUACGAAGGGAUCUUUAAGAUGGAGUACCGCUUAGCCCAGGAAUUGGUCCGAGGAUGGGCGAAAACUAAGAUUAGCCUGGACAACCACAUGAAACGAGGAGAGGGGAGUUUGUUCUCUGAUCAGGGAGGAAGAAGAAGCCCUGAGUACUUUGCGUCUGCCGUUUCUGAGAGAGCCACCGAAAUAUGGGUACCAACUGCUCAUACUGUCCAAGAACCGCAGCAACAGAGAGCUCCACGGUUCAGUCAGCCAGAUGUGGAUGCCCUCACAGAGAAGAUCCGAGCCUUAGAAAUACGAUUAAACCAACAGCCUUGGGGUUAUCAGCCACCUGCGUUGCAAAACGAAGCCCAGCACAGCAAUCAUCACCACCAGGCUCAAGUAAAUGCUGUUAGGGCUCAAGAAAACACUCAGGGCACAUUGUACGACCACAAGACUGGACAGUAUCGUACACAUCCAAAUCGCUGGGGGUCUACAACUGGGAACUGUUUCUUCUGCGCUACGCCUGGUCAUCUUGUUUCACGAUGUACUCGGCUGAAGGACUUGAAUCGUGACGGCUUUCUUCGAUGGGAUCCUAUGCACAGAGCUUACUUUCUCGGCGGCGAUUAUGAGCGAAAGACCACAAUCCAGGUACCAACCUCGAUUGAGAGAAAAGCCAAAGGAGAAGGCAAGCCUAUUCUAAAGGAAGUGUGCGACUGGGUUAUAUCGAAUAACCUUGAUCCAAAACUGAAAGAACUUGCGACUUACUACCUCAGGCGGGAUUACAACCAUGCGUCAAGUGGACCUACUAUGGGCGCCACUCCUCCAUCUCAGAAUCGUUAUCAGCCCCAGCCUUCCCUGGCUCGACCUCCCACUCCAGCUGCAGUACCAUCAGCGGGUGUGAACGUGAAUUCGAUACUCGGUCCUGAAGGAGAAGAAUUCUUUCUCGAAAAGCCCGUGAGAGACUACGCAUGGGAACCUUUGGCCCGAUCAGUUGACAGACCUGUCACGGAAAUCCUUACCGGAUCAAUCAUCGAGGAACUAGGAGACGUUGGUGAAACCGAGGUUGCACUCGCGGAAAAACGUCGAGGAACUGGGCUGCUACCUAGGCAUACGAAGAGAGCUAAAAGAGCGUUCUUUUCUGAGGACCCUGAAGCUGAACAUACGCCAGGCAAUACGUCAAGCAAUUCAUCUGAUCAGACUGCUACGGAUGAUUCCUCGCCAACUGAGUCAAUUUCAGAGCCUAUUAAGCCUUCCGCUACUGAAAGAGGCACUACUGAAGGGACUCUGAAUUCAACUGCUGUGGAAUUCUGGACCGACAAAGUCAGCGAGAAUUUGAAGACAAACUUCAAGAUCACUUGGGAGGACUGUUGCAAGUUCUGCCCCGAAUUCGUCGAAGGACUGAAGCGAGCCACGGCUGCGAAGGGCGCGACCAAUCCUAAAUCCUGGGAUGAAGUUGUCUAUCUCGCCAGGGAGGAAGCGCAGGCCCCAGAACCACCAGGCGUCAACACCCAUAAUGCGCUAGCACAAGUUAAUGUGGCUACAUCUGAUCAGUCGAGUACCGAAGCAGCAAACUUGGGGAAGGUGACGGAUUACAUUGCACCUCUACUCCGAAUAGCAACCAGUGUUAUCUGUCUCUCCUAUGUCUACAAGCACAAACUCGUGAUGAGGGCAACGAAAGUCACUAUUCGAAGCUUUACUAGUAGCCUUGAAGAACGAACAAUGUUCCGAGGAGUCGUUGAGGCUCUGAUAUGGCUAGCAGGAAGGUGUAUCAAGGUCCCCUUGUACGUCAUUGAUGAUGAACUUGCCUCUCAGCCUCUUCUACUAGGCAUGAAUUUCAUCAUAAGAGCAAGGAUGUAUUUCGCUUUUGAGCAUUCCACUAUUAUUGGCAACCUGAUUUUUGGCUCAACGAAAAUCGUUGUACCUCUGGGAACUGUGGAAGAUUCAAAGCGCGCCCUGAAGGAUGUCAUGGAUAUUCCGGAAAACGGACAGCCGGUAGCCUUGGCCGCGUUGCCGGCCUUCUGA